AAGAGAUUGCUGUGAAGUAACAGAGACAGUAAUAGAUGGAGGGUCGUCAUCAACAACAGGGUCUUGGUCAGGCUCGGGGUCAGGGUAGGCAUCAACAGCAGGCAUCUGGCACCAUGGUGAUUGUGGCAUCCGUCAUUGGCUUAGCCAUUGGAGGGUCGCUUCUUGGCUUGAUGGGGCUCACCUUCUUGGCAUCAUUGACACUACUACUUUUCAGCUCGCCGCUCUUGUUGAUCUUCAGUCCUCUCCUGUUUUUCGCCAGUUUGGUGUUUGUGGGAUCACUUGUCGGGUUUGCUGCGGCUGCAACCAUGGCUCUCACCGGCGUGUCGGCUCUCGGGUGGAUUUUUCAGGAGGUUGGAGGCCAAAGGCUUCUGGGUUUUGGCGGUGGCGACGUGGCGGGUAGAGUUAAGGAACAAAGCCAGGUUUGGGGUAGAUAUUUGCAGCAGGGCGGGAUGGGGAUAUGAAGGAGAUGACAUAUAGUCGUGCUUGAACUUGUAAAAUUUUGGUUAUGCUGAAGUCAUCUGCAACCAAAAGAGAGAAAACAUAUGUCUAUGAUUCUUUGUUCUUUCUCUCUUGAUGUAAAAGGUGGGAUUGAUAGUAUGAUCCACGGAAAUCAGAUCCUUUAAUAAAAGACAUAACCACCGUAGUCUCGUAAUUAUCUCCUCAAAAUAAUGUGCAAGACCUUGGAUUGUAUGGGUAUUCAUGCAUGUUACUUAUCCAGGAAGUGACUGGAUCAAACAAUUCCACACAAA